AUGCUGAGCGACCAGCCUAUAUUGCCUCUAGCAGCUCCGCCCCCUGAUUGGGAGGGGAAUGGUAAUAAUGGAAAUCUGCCUGUAGCAGCACAAGAGGAACCUGAACCAGCUCCUGUGGCAGUUCCUGUCACAGUUGCAACUCAUACCAGAACUAUUGGCAUUAUUUAUCCUCCUCCAGAUAUCAGAAAUAUUGUCGAUAAAACUUCACAGUUUGUGGCAAAGAAUGGCCCUGAAUUCGAGAAGAGGAUCAUUGCUAGCAAUGCUGGAAAUGCCAAAUUUAAUUUCCUGAAUCCCACUGAUCCGUAUCAUGCCUAUUAUCAGCAUCGCUUGUCUGAAGCUCGUGCACAGAAUUCGGCUCCUGCUCAACAGCCAUCUGACUCUACAGAUUCAGCAGCACCUGAGUCUGCAGCUCCCCCUGCCCCAGUGGCUGAUGGCACAGAUGCAGCUGCUAAACCAGACCCCUCAGCUCCAUUCAGGCCUGUUCGUAGGGUUCUUGAACCACCUGAGGCGGAGCAAUAUACUGUUCGCCUUCCUGAGGGUAUUACAGGAGAGGAGUUGGACAUAAUUAAACUCACUGCCCAGUUUGUAGCUAGGAAUGGAAAAUCAUUUUUGACUGGGCUGGCUAGCAGGGAGCUCACCAAUCCUCAAUUCCACUUUUUGAAACCAACUCAUAGCAUGUUUAUGUUUUUCACAUCUCUUGCAGAUGCUUAUUCAAAAGUAUUGCAGCCUCCAAAGGGUUUGACUGAUAAGCUAAGAAACAGUGUGACUGACUUGACCACAGUGCUUGAACGUUGUCUUCAUCGUUUGGAGUGGGAACGUUCUCAGGAACAGGCAAGGCAGAAAGCUGAAGAUGAGAUUGAGCAGGAGCGGAUGCAGAUGGCCGCGAUCGAUUGGCAUGACUUCGUUGUAGUGGAGACCAUAGAUUUUUUAGAUGAUGAGGAUGAAGAUUUACCGCCUCCAAUGACCCUUGAGGAGGUUAUUCGAAGGAGCAAGAUGUCAACUACUGCAGAAGAAGUAGAGAUUUUGGAGCCUGGUAAGGAAAUAGAAAUGGAGAUGGAUGAAGAGGAGGUGCAACUUGUGGAGGAGGGUAUGAGGGCUGCUAAUCUUGAAGAGAAUGGCUUCAUGAGAAAUAAUGACGCUAAUAUGAUGUCAGUGGAAGAAAACGAACCACCGAUGAGAAUUGUGAAAAAUUGGAAGAGGCCUGAGGAUAGAUUACCUGCUGAAAGAGAUCCUACUAAAGUUGUUAUCUCUCCCAUUACCGGUGAACUAAUUCCCAUCAAUGAGAUGUCUGAACAUAUCAGGAUUUCUCUGAUUGAUCCAAAAUAUAAAGAGCAGAAAGAAAGGAUGUUUGCGAAGAUUAGGGACACGACUCUUGCCCCAGAUGACGAGAUCACAAAGAAUAUUGUUGGACUUGCUCGGACAAGGCCAGAUAUUUUUGGUACCACAGAAGAGGAAGUCUCAAAUGCUGUCAAAGCAGAGAUUGAAAAGAAAAAAGAUGAUCAACCAAAGCAAGUCAUAUGGGAUGGUCACACAGGAAGCAUUGGCCGCACAGCAAGUCAGGCCUUGUCACAGACUGCAGGAGAAGAUCUGAACGAAGUUAAUAUGGAUAGGAAUCUUCCUGGUCCUGCAGCUCCUCCUCAACCUAGGCCUCCGAUUCCAUCAAUUCGACCACUUCCUCUACCAAUUGGAGUCGGUGUGAAUAUCCCUAGACCUCCAGUUGGUGUUCAGUAUCCAAACCAAACUAAUACUGGUGUCAUUGCUCCACCUCAACCAAGGCCUCCAGUUGUGAACAUGAUUCCUUCUGUUCGACCUCCCCUUCCGAUGAACAUAAUCCCUGGACAGCAGCAUCUUAUGGUUAAUCGACCUCCAAUGCCUGUGAACAUGCCCAUGAAUCCACCUGUACCUGGGUCACAAUUUACACCUUUGGGUCCCCGGCCUUUUGUUCCCGUGCCAAUUUCACAGGCUGGCAUGCAUAUGGGUCUACAACCUCACAUGCAUCAGGGAAUACCCCCGCCGCCUCCACCCGAGGACGCCCCUCCGCCGCUUCCUGAAGAGCCAGAGCCAAAACGACAAAAACUUGAAGAUUCUGCUCUCGUCCCGGAAGAUCAAUUUUUGGCUCAGUAUCCGGGACCUGCUCGUAUCAACGUCUCUGUGCCCAAUCAUGAUGAAGGUAGUAUGAAGGGACAGGUCCUGGAGAUCACUAUGCAAUCGCUCUCUGAAACCAUCAGCAGCCUGAAAGAAAAGAUUGCCGGAGAGAUACAACUUCCUGCAAACAAACAGAAGUUGAGUGGGAAGGCUGGCUUUCUCAAAGACAAUUUGUCACUUGCAUACUAUAAUGUUGCACCUGGGGAGACACUUGCCCUUUCUCUUAGAGAACGUGGUGGAAGAAAGAGAUGA